AUGUCAAGGGAACUAUACAAUAGCAGCAUUUUUGGUCUCUCAUUCUCCUUCAUAUUUUUGCUAUGGUUCAUCUCCUACUCCAAGCUUCGUCUUGUUCAUGGCACUGGAGCUGUGUUAGAGUUUAAUGAAUCAGCAGCAGGUAGCUCCAACAGUUUGGGAGGCCUUACUCAGAAAGUUGCAAAACCCACCACAUAUUCACUUCCUCAAACAAGUGGCUUACAAGAAGUAUUUUGGCAAGUUUUAGGUAAUAGGUAUUUAGUGUGCAAGCUACAACCUCGACAACAAGAAAACAAACUUGAACCAGCACAACUUCAUGAUUAUAAAGUUCAUUCAGCUUAUCUCAAUUAUGAUGAAUUCCGAAACACAGCAAAGCAAGAAAAAACCACCGGCAUGGACUCUGCUCUUGCUAACAUAACUCACAGGCUUGAACCUGAUGGUUCAGUUUACAACUAUGCAUCUGAGUCCAAAGGUGCAAAAGUGGUGGCUCAUAAUAAAGAGGCCAAAGGUGCAAACAAUAUAAUUGGGAAGGAUCAUGACAAGUACCUGAGAAACCCUUGUUCUGUUGGAGGGAAGUUCGUUGUUAUAGAGCUUUCAGAAGAGACUCUUGUUGAUUCUGUGAAAAUUGCAAACUUCGAGCAUUAUUCUUCCAACUUCAAGGAAUUUGAUUUGGCUGGUAGUUUGAGCUAUCCAACUGAAGAAUGGAGCAUGCUGGGAAACUUUAGUGCUGCCAAUGUCAAGCAUGCACAGAUCUUUAAGCUCCCUGAACCCAAAUGGGUCAGGUAUUUAAAUUUGAGCUUGCUUAGUCAUUAUGGAUCUGAGUUUUACUGCACGCUGAGUGUUGUAGAAGUUUAUGGGAUCAAUGCAAUAGAGAGGAUGCUUAAGGAUCUAAUAGUUGCUUCUGUGGUAUCCGUUCCUGACAAGUUCCCAGCGCUUAAUAUCAGUGACAUGCCUCCUUUGAAAUCAGAAUCUGUUCAAAUUGAUGGGAAAGGGAAAGAAGUUGAAAGUAAGAACGAUACUGUGGGUGCUAAGAUAUCAAGCAAUGAUGAAACUCAAAAGUUAGACGUGGAAGUGACAAAAAAUCCAGUGGUUGUCAACUUGAUUCCCGAUCCUGUAAUAGAACUUAGACAACAGCUAAAUGGUAGGAUAACUGGUGACACUGUUCUGAAGAUUUUGAUGCAGAAAGUGAGAUCAGUGGAGGUGAACUUAUCUGCGCUGGAGGGUUACAUCAAAGAAUUGAACAAGAGGCAAGGGGUUACGAUACCUGAUCUUGAGAAAGAGUUGUCCAGAUUAUCAGAAAUCCUGGGACAAAGCAAGUCAGAGAUCAAUGAUCUCUGGCAGUGGAACACAAAUAUGCAAAAAGGAAUAUCUGAAGUUGAGACGUGGAAAGAUGCUGUCUCAUCUCAACUUAAUGAAUUAGCCAGAGAAAAUAGCCUGCUAAGAUUAGAUGUUCGAAAGGUUGCAAGUGAUCAAGAAAAUCUGGAAACCAAAGAGCUUGCCAUGUUAGCAACGAGUCUCGUUUUUGUGUGCCUUGCAGCUCUCAGGAUGAUUUCAGUACACAUGUUUGCGAGUUCUGCAGCACACGAUGCCGAUAAGCUAGUUAGCUACAGUGGAACUUCAACUAGGUAG